AUGGAAUGUUCCACACAUUGUUACAAUGACGUCACGUGUACAGCGUUUUUCUACAACUACGACGGCAGAUGUUCUAUGUUUAGUGACAGAUUCCAUUCCUUGACUUUUGUGAACGAGACAGGAACACAGGCAUACGAAACAGUUUUCGAUGUUCCGGCAGAUUGCUAUGACGUCAUGCUGAGUUCUGAAGAUAACAGUGGGGUGUAUACCAUUAUUCCACAUGACGGCGUUGUGCCUAUCAACGUGUUUUGUGAAAUUGCGCCCCCUGUUCAAGGCUGGUUGGUUAUACAGCGACGGACAGACGGAUCUGAAAACUUCUACAAAACUUGGAAUGAAUACAGAGACGGAUUUGGAGACUUAAAUAAUGAGUUCUGGUUAGGCAAUACAAACAUCCACCGUAUAACCAGCCAGGGUCACUACGAUCUGAGAAUUGACCUGGACGACUUUGAAGGAAACACCAGGUACGCGAUGUACAAGAACUUCUCCCUGGCUUCAGAACAAGACGACUUCAGACUGAGUCUGGGCGAGUACAGCGGCGACGCAGGAGACGGCCUUGGUAAACACAGUGGACAGCGAUUCUCAGCAAAAGACAAGGAUUUGGAUGUUGAUCCGGGCAAAAGCUGUGCACAGAGGUACAAAGGAGCUUGGUGGUACAAAAGCUGUCAUGCAUCCAAUCUGAACGGUCAAUACCUGCAUGGAAAUCACUCUUCAUACGCAGAUGGGGUGAACUGGAAAUACUGGCUAGGAUUUCAUUAUUCCUUAAAGAGAACUGAGAUGAAGAUCAGGCCAAUGAGAUUCUGA